AGCCAGUAUGGGCUGCUAGGUGAAACACAGCCCAAUGAAAGACCCUGUUUCAAAACCAUGAUAGAGACUUGGUGAAUGAAGGCACCUGUCACAGAGCUUAAUCUUUAAGACCCACAUGGUGGGAGGAGAGAACCAACUCCUGUAAGCUGUCCUCUGGCCAUGACACGCAUGCUCAUGUACAUACAUACAUACAUACAUACAUACAUACAUACAUACAUACAUACAUACAUACGUGUUUAAGAAGUGGCGAAGCCAAGCAUGUGACAUACCCCUCUAGUCCCCGCACUCCAGAGGAUGGAGAAUCCAAGGCCCCCUUUUACUUGGGUGAAAUCGUGAGACUUUGUCUCAGAAACCAACAAGCUGACGUGGAGCAGAAGGGAAGGGGUGCUGGGCAGCUCCUGUCAGUGAGCCCCCCUCAGAACACCUCAAACAACAUGACCAAUGGCCAGGAUGAAGGACAGUCAAGUCAAAGACACUGCCUGGUAAGUGGAAGAAAGGAUCUAUAAGGAGAUGGAGUGAGAGGCCGUUCCAACAUACAGAGACCACCAUAAGGCCAAGGGGAGGGAGACAGAGGAACAUCACUGCUUUGAUUGUAUUCACAGCCAGGGGACAGAGCAGGAGUGUGGUGAUCCCAAUAGUUUCCUUCAAGGACUAGCAUGUAGGGCCCUCCCAGACACUUCUACAGGAGGACCCCAUCCCUCCAUACCUCCACAGUCUCCUAUCCCUCUCUCUUCCCUCUUCAUCCCCCCUCAUUUCUGCCCUUCUCACCUAUUCUCUCCUGACUACCCCCCUCACACUCCUUUUGUCACCUCUGGCCCUGCAGCCUCUUUACCCAGCAGCAGGACCACAUGAUGUGGUAAAAAUAGCUCCUUUCAACAGAGUGUGAAUGGAGAGGGCAGAGGCAGGAGGCAAGGCUGGGCCCCCAGUGCCAGGGAAGGGCCCUUGGGAGGUGCGGGCUCCUGAUCCUCUCCCUGCUCAUCACACACUUGCUCAGAUGGGUCACCUCAGUCUCAGGCUCUGUCACGCCAAACAUACACCUAGAGCCGGCAGCAGCAAAGCAGUGUGACACAGCUCUUAAGAGGUAAGGAUCCCAGAAGGCUGACUCCAGCCUUGACCCUCAGGUGGGGCAAGAGUCUUAGGACACCUUGGUCUGUCCCAGGGCCUUGGUGAUGUCUCUUUAUUCCAUGUUGGUGGCCAGGUGCGUGCCCAGUGUUCCCAGUAGGUGGGAGCUUCUCUGAGUCUCUAUGUCUGGACCACCAUGGCAUGUGCAGGGCCAGCCAGCGGGCGGCAGCGGGUGAGCAUGCAGGAACACAUGGCCAUCGAUGUGAGCCCUGGCCCCAUACAGCCCAUCCGCCUCAUUUCCGACUACUUCCCACACUUCUACCCCUUCCUGGAGCCGGUGUUGCGUGUCCCAGAUCGACAGGCAAUGCUGGCCCCGGCCAUCCACUCUGCACCCCAGCUGCAGCCCAACCCUGAGGCUGAAGGAGACUCGGAUGACAGCACUGCCCUAGGCACCCUGGAGUUCACACUUCUCUUUGAUGUGGACAACAGCGCCCUGCACUGCACAGCCCAUCGUGCAAAGGGCCUCAAGCCACCAGCCACAGGCUCUGUGGACACCUAUGUCAAAGCCAACUUGCUGCCAGGGGCCAGCAAGGCCAGCCAGCUUCGGACACGCACUGUACGAGGCACCAGGGAACCUGUCUGGGAGGAGACACUCACCUAUCAUGGCUUUACUUGCCAGGAUGCUGGACGGAAGACCCUGAGGCUAUGUGUGUGUGAGGACUCACGACUGCGGCGCCGGCGGCGAGCACCCCCCUUGGGGGAGCUACGAGUGCCCCUGAGGAAGCUGGUGCCAAACCGAGCCAGGAGCUUUGACAUCUGUCUGGAGAAGCGGAGGCUGACCAAGAGGCCCAAGAGCUUGGACACAGCCCGUGGCAUGUCUCUGUAUGAGGAGGAGGAAGUGGAGGCAGAGGUGUUUAGGGAGGAGCGUGGGCGCAUCCUACUGUCCCUGUGCUACAGCUCCGAGCGUGGUGGCCUGCUAGUGGGUGUGCUGCGCUGUGCCCACCUUGCUCCCAUGGAUGCCAAUGGCUACUCAGACCCCUUUGUCCGCCUUUUCCUGCACCCAAGUUCUGGGAAGAAAUCCAAAUAUAAGACCAGUGUUCGGAGGAAGACCCUGAACCCUGAGUUCAACGAGGAAUUCUUUUAUGCAGGUCUUCGAGAGGAGCUGGCCCAGAAGGCACUGUUGGUGUCUGUGUGGGACUAUGACCUGGGCACAGCUGAUGAUUUCAUUGGUGGGGUGCAGCUGAGUGGCAGAGCCAGUGGGGACCGCCUACGCCACUGGUGUGAGUGCCUAAGCCACUGUGACCGCCGGCUAGAACUGUGGCACCUGCUGGACAGUGUGCCCCCCCAACUUGGUGACUAGUCAGCACAGGGCCCUGCUUGCAACUUGUUCAGGGGCCAAGAUGUCUGCUGCAUCUACAAAGAGCUCUGGGUUGGUCCCAUCUGCUAUGCUACGCACAUUCUUGUCUCCUUCCACUCAUGCAACCCCAAACACAAGCAAAAUAAACACCUGCUUCUGCCA